UGAGUUACAUCGAUUUUGUGUAUGGAACUGUAUCUGAUUUUUUUAAUCAUUUACCCGACGAUAUUGGGAACGCCUUCAGCAAUAUGUGGCAUACUAUCAGUACCGCUGUGAGGAAACCAGUGAGGUUACGGCGAUUAGGAACUGGUGGAAAACGAAAAACAACAGCAACUACGUCCACCACAACGACAACAGUUACAGAUAUAACAACAAUCGAGUCUUCCACAGUUCAAUACAAGGACAGUAGUAGGAAAAGAGAUCUAACAUAUGGAGAGGACAAUAUAUCUUCUACAAAAGUUAAACUGCCACAUUUUAUGCAGCCUUUUUGGAAAUAUUUCGAGAAGUGGAAGAAUUUACACCGGCCAGUGUUCGCUGUGUUCGAAAAUUCUAGAGAAUCAAAAUUACAACCCACGUCAGAUACCGUCGAUUCCGACAAGUACAAGUUGAAAAUUCCCAUAAUUGUACCACAAAAAUCUAAUUAUAGAUACAUGCUUGGGGUAAUACCAUCACGCAGUAAAAGAAUGAAAGGUACUGUACUGUUUACGAAUAUUUGUUUAUAAUAGUUUAUUUUAAUUAUAAUAAUAACAGAGUUUAAAUAAUUUUAACACGUUUAGACAGAUAAGAGGGAGACUUUAUACAAAAGUCGUUUGCUUGGGCAUCU